UGCCGCGGCCCGAGCGGGGCUCCGCGGGCCUGCAGCGGCGCGGCGAGCUCUAAUAUGCCCAGAGCCGAGGCGCGAUGAAGGAGAAGUCCAAAAAUGCGGCCAAAACCCGGAGGGAGAAGGAAAAUGGCGAGUUCUACGAGCUGGCCAAGCUGCUCCCGCUGCCGUCGGCCAUCACCUCGCAGCUGGACAAAGCGUCCAUCAUCCGCCUCACCACCAGCUACCUGAAGAUGCGCGCCGUCUUCCCGGAAGGUCUAGGAGACGCCUGGGGACAGCCGAGCCGAGCGGGGCCGCUGGACAGCGUGGCCAAAGAGCUGGGAUCCCAUCUGCUGCAGACUCUGGAUGGAUUUGUGUUUGUGGUGGCCUCUGAUGGCAAAAUCAUGUACAUAUCUGAGACCGCGUCUGUUCAUUUAGGCUUGUCGCAGGUGGAGCUCACGGGGAACAGCAUCUACGAGUACAUUCACCCUUCGGACCACGACGAGAUGACAGCGGUCCUCACGGCCCAGCCUCCACUCCGCCAUCACCUGCUGCAGGAGUACGAGAUAGAGAGGUCUUUCUUUCUUCGAAUGAAGUGCGUCUUGGCAAAAAGAAAUGCAGGCCUGACAUGCAGUGGAUACAAGGUUAUCCACUGCAGCGGCUACCUGAAGAUCAGGCAGUAUGUGCUGGACAUGGCCCUGUACGACUCCUGCUACCAGAUAGUGGGGCUGGUGGCCGUGGGCCAGUCGCUGCCACCCAGCGCCGUCACGGAGAUCAAGCUGCACAGUAACAUGUUCAUGUUCAGGGCGAGCCUGGACCUGAAGCUCAUAUUCCUGGACUCCAGGGUGACGGAGCUUACGGGCUACGAGCCACAGGACCUGAUCGAAAAGACACUAUACCAUCACGUGCACGGCUGUGACACCUUUCACCUCCGCUAUGCGCACCAUCUGCUGCUCGUGAAGGGCCAGGUCACCACCAAGUACUACCGGCUGCUGUCCAAGCUGGGCGGCUGGGUGUGGGUGCAGAGCUACGCCACCGUGGUUAACAACAGCCGCUCCUCCCGGCCGCACUGCAUCGUGAGUGUCAAUUAUGUCCUCACAGAUGUGGAAUACAAGGAGCUCCAGCUGUCUGUGGACCAGGUGUCCACCUGUAAGUCUCAGGACUCCUGGAGAACCCCCGUGUCUACCUCACACGAGACCAGAAAGCCAGCAAAACCCAAAAGCGCGAAGAUGAAGACAAAGCUCAGAAUAAACCCAUACCCCACACAGCAGUUCGGCUCGUUCCAGAUGGACAGACUGGAGUGUGGCCAGGUGGGGACCUGGAGAGGCAGCCCCCCCCCAAGUGCGGGCCCCCCAGAGCAGCACCUGCACGCAGAUGGCGGCGACCUCUUGUAUGGGCCUCCCUACGGCCUCCCGUUCUCCUACCACUAUGGACACUUCCCUUUGGACCCCCCCGUCUUCAGCAGCAAGAAGCCAGGACUGCCCACCAAGUUCGGGCAGCCGCAAGGACCCCCGUGUGAGGUGGCACGCUUUUUCCUGAGCACGCUGCCAGCCAGCAGCGAGUGCCAGUGGCAUUACGCCAACCCCCUUGUGCCCAGCAGCUCAUCGCCAGCGAAAAACCUUCCCGAGCCUCUUGUGAGUGCCGGCCGGCAUGGACAUGUGCCAAACUAUGAAGCGCCCAGGUUCGGCGACGACCCGGCCGCGCCCAGCUUCCCGAGCUGCGGCCACUACCGUGAAGAGCCCGCGCCGGGCCCCGCCAGGGCGCGCCAGGCGCCCCGGGACGCAGCCCGGCCGCCGCUGCCCCGGGGGCCCCCCGAGUGCUGCGCGCCCCCCGCGCCCGAGCCGCCCGCGCCCGCGCAGCUGCCGCUGGUGCUGCUCAACUACCACCGCGUGCUGGCGCGCCGCGGGCCGCUCGGGGCCCCCGCGCACCCCGACGCCGGCCCGCCGCGCCCCCGACAGCCCGGCCCCGGGGCCCCGGCGCCCGGCGCGCCCCGGCCGCGCUACCUGGGCGCCUCGGUCAUUAUCACCAACGGCAGGUGACCCGCUCGGCAGGGCGCCGCAGCGAAGCCAUAGGCCAGGUCUUCUCUGGUUCCUUUUCUUUUUUUAAGACUCCCCCCGCCCCCCGCUCCCCAGCAAGGUCCCGCCGACGGGGGGGGCGAACUGUAUAUGCACGAUAUAAAUU